AUGGCCAAACAGUCGUCAAGCGGAAAACUAAUUAUUGAUUAUCCAUGGACAAAAACAAAAGAAGAAAAUGCUGAUCUCUAUCGUGUUGACGAAGAUAUUGGUCUUCCUGAAGAUCGUAUCCGACAAAGUUUUGAACGAUAUGGACCUAAUGAAUUACCAGCUGAAGAAAGCAAACCAUCAUGGAAACUUAUCUUACGAGAGAAGGCCACUAACUGUCUCCUCGCUUUUGAGCUGAAACUCAGUUGA